CAGCAGCAGCCAUCUUACUUCCUCAAAAUAAAAAAACUUCAGUCCCAAAGAAAAACAGUAUCAAUCCCUGUGUACAUGGGGGAUCAAAUCAAAGACAACCAUGGAGUAUAAAACCAAGAUCCCGAGACAGAUACAAACGAGACACAACCAUAGGGAUUAAGAGCGUGAACUGAGGAGCUUUCUUUGACUGCAACUCCUGCUGAUCUCCAGGAAGACCUUUGACUCCUCGCUGAGGAGACAUGGAGGACCAAGGGGAUGCUGGGAUUGGGGGUUUGUUGGCACCCAGUCCACAAAGUGAAACUGUUACCCAUGAGAUGGGCGAGCUGUCCCUGCAUCCCUGCCAGAAGCUGCCCCCCCUCAGCGAGCGCAAGAACGUUCUCCAGCUCCGGCUGCAGCAGAGACGUACCCGCGAGCAGCUCGUAGAUCAAGGCAUCAUGCCACCCCUGAAGAGCCCGGCAGCCUUCCACGAACAGAUCCGCAGCCUUGAGAGAGCCAGGACUGAAAAUUUCCUAAAGCACAAGAUCCGCAGCCGUCCAGAAAGGGCGGAGUUGGUACGGAUGCACAUUUUACAAGAGACUGUGGCUGAACCCUCUUUACAGGCCACGCAGCUGAAACUGAAGAGGGCUCGACUGGCCGAUGACCUUAAUGAGAAGAUCGCUCAGCGGCCGGGGCCUAUGGAGCUGGUGGAGAAGAACAUCCUGCCUGUAGACUCCAGCGUCAAGGAGGCCAUCAUUGAUGGUCAGAUGCAGUACCCCAAAAUUCUAGAAGACUACCCAAUAGAUGAGGACAGCGGGGAUGCUCUGUCACCUGAGCAGCCGGGUAGUCAAGAGUCCCAAGGUUCUGCUGCUUCACCUGGAGAUGUGCGGACUAUGGAAGAGUCUCCACCAUUGCCCUAUCACCUUUUACAUAAGUUUCCUACAGUCACAACCACUUCAACAGCUUUCCUCAAGCCUUUUUACACCAAUGGACCAAAGGUUAGCCAUCCUGUGCCCAUGCCACAGCAGCCAGUCACAUUUAUGCCCCCUGUGAAAUCCGGACCCACCCUUGUGAAGCAAAGUCAACCCAAGUUACCCGGAGAUAGGACCCGCAGCAAGAGGGGCAAGGAGUCCAAGCCACGUGUAAAAAAGUUAAAAUAUCAUCAGUACAUUCCCCCAGACCAGAAACAAGAACCCAACCAAGCCCCGAUGGACUCGUCAUACGCUCGAUUACUACAACAACAACAGCUGUUUCUGCAGCUACAGAUCCUCAGCCAACAGCAACAACAGCACUAUAACUACCAGACCAUCCUUCCUGCACCUCUUAAGCCUGUGUUAGAGGGCCAAAAUAGCGGUGCAACAAUGGCUAUCAACAGCACCAGCAACCUUCCAGCCUCCAUCAUGGUUUCUCUGCCAACAGCAACACCUGUGCGGCCUAACAGCACCCUUUCUACCCGCAAGGCUGGUGUACUACCAGCACAUCUGGAGGAGAUGAAGGUGGCAGAGCUUAAAAUGGAGUUAAAGUUACGUGGUCUUCCAGUGUCGGGAACAAAAACGGACCUUAUUGAACGGCUUAAACCUUUCCAAGAAAACACAAUCGCGUCUGCACCCAACAACUUCACCGGACCUAACACACAGCCCUCCAGCACCCCUAUGGAAUUAUCCAGUGCCACUACAACCCUCACACCCUCCCAGCAAACCACAGAAAAUAUGAGCUCUACCCCACCCGUUUCCCCUGGUUCCAUAGAGCUUCACAGGCGAGAGAAGGCAUCAAUGGAGGCACAGAUCCAUAACAGCAGCAGUACGGUGAGGAAGGCUCCUGAAGAACAGGACCGUAGGCUACACGAAAAAGAGCGUCAGAUCGAGCAGCUGCUGCACAAACUGGAGCAGGAACAGAAGCUGGUGGAGGAGCUGAAGAUGCAGCUCGAGGUGGAAAAAAGAAGCGUCGUUCCACCUUUGGAAAAUAGCAACAUUUCCAGCGUAGCCGCCAUGUUGGCUUCUGUCAAAACUGAAAGCACUGUCCCUCCCAACUGCACGUUGAAUUCACACACUACACCAACGCUGUUGAAACUUGAGGAUCCAUAUCUCCCCCAAGUCACCGCCACCUCCCUCCCCCAGUUUAUUGUCAGACAUCAAGGGGUCAUAGGACAGCCCCAGACUAUUCUUACCACUCAACACAGGGGAACGCAGUUACUUCUCCCAAUGCCCCUGGCAAAUAACACCACUACCAUCCAGCUGCCCAACACUAAUGUCAAACUACAGUCAGUCUUGCAGGCUGCUGUCUCACCGUCAGGGCAGAGCUUAAUUCAGACCCCCCAGCUGCGGCCCACCAAAGCUGAGAGUCGUUCAUCACGGCAGCUAGUCAAUCACAACCACGUAGUUCAGACUCUGGCUAUGGGCCCUAGCGAGGGGUCAGGUUUCCAACACGGUGCUAGUGAGAACCGAGCUGGCCUGGAGCUUCCUCAGUGCUUCUUGAGCUGCUCCCCAGAGCAAAGGAUCUCUCCUCAGGCAUCCCCCAUCCCACCCAUUCUUAUAAAUGGGCCACUAAAUAAGCCCCAGUCCUCCUUCCUCCAGCAGUCAUCAGCUUUCAACCAGGCACCCAAAAACAGAGAGCCGCCCCGUUACGAGGAGGCUGUCAGACAAACCCGCAGCCUACAGAACUCCACACUUUCAGAGAUUCCCACAGCAACAAGUCAACAGAUGGACGAUCUUUUUGACAUUUUAAUAGAAAGCGGAGAGAUCACCCCCUUUAGUCAACAGGACCCAUCUGUGCCUAAGAUGAUGCCUGUCACCGCCAGUGUCAUCACUCUGCCUAUCAACACCGCACUUUCCAGACCGCCCGCCCAGGUUCAGAUGGCACACCCGCCGGCCUUCAUGGAGCCCAGCCUGGCCUCCGUGGGCUCUGACAACCAGUUGGAGGCCCUGCUAGAGGGCACGCUUGUCGGGGACCCAGAACCAGAGCAGAGGACUUUGGGCCUGUUGGACGAACUGCAAAACCAGAUCCUGGAGCAGCCAAACUCCCCGAUGGACACGUGCGAGCUGAGUUUCACCGACCCGCACUUGCAUUCCUCUUCCCUCUCCUUCGGUCUGCAGGACACCAUGGACAACAUGGAGUGGCUGGACCUUACUAUGCCCGGGCCCAUAGGCGGACUCAACCCGCUGGGCAUCAACUCUGAAUUCCUGGACACUCAUGACCUGCAGCUACACUGGGACUAAGAGGAUUCUCUUUCUGUCCUGCAAAUACAUUUCUUCACUCGCACAUCUCGCCUCAAAAUACGCUGUCUGACUGCCGGUCUUGAAGUAGGCAAAAUGGGGAUUUGUUUGUGUUCUUAAAGGGACAGUUCACCACCCAAUUUUAUUUUUUCUAAGCCUUGUGUUCUUCUAACCAUGUUUGUUUCUUAAGUAUAACACGAGAGAACUUUGAUGCUGCUGUUUUUUAUUUGACUGGUUUGAUAAGGGAUUGACAUAAUUUGUAUUUUUGGGUGAACCGUCUCUUUAAGGCCCACGAUUGAGGUCGCAAUUGGGUCUUUGAUUUUCUGUGAGACAGCUUGCUGUAUACUUUGGCCCGAUUCACAUUUCCCGUGUUUUCCACGCGCAUAUUCGUUAUUUUAAAUGUAGACACGUCAGCGCUGCAUCGAGAUGGAAAAAGUUCAACUUUGCGGAGUACCCCACGGGCACCGUGGGUCAUUUGAAGAGAAAAAAAGGGCACCGCAGCUCGCGUUUUCUCUGCCGUUUUAGAUGUGAAAUCUGAAUCAGGCCUUAUGCUGUGGUUCCAUUUACCAUCUGCUCAUAUUCACAUUAAUUCUCUUGUUUGAUGGGAAUGGGCACAAAAGAGGGUACUGCUGGCUUAAUCCUGACUGUGCUCUCCUUUUCGUGCAGUACUGAGAGGGAGCUACUUGAAGCAGAUUGAAUUUUGCUUUUUUGCUCAUUUCGUGUUCGUUCACGUGCCAUUGACACCGAAUUGGUUUCGAAGGCAGUCUACAAGUAUCGCAACUAAUUUGAUCUGAGCCAAUAGUUGGCUUUGUUUGCACAAAAUUGACAAUGACCAGCCUUUCAUUGUGAGUGUCAAUAGAGGAGGAGAUUGUCAGAUUCAUCCUUAGUUGUGACAACUCAGUCAAACUACAUUUCCCAGAAUUCCCAGUUUUAGCACUGACUGCAUUAACAUCAACAGAAACCUAAUGAAGAUUAAAUUAUAUUAUAUUAUUUUAAUUAAAAAUCAAUAUUUAGACAGUGUGCCUCUCUGUGGUUCUCUCUAAGGAGAGAAUAUCGUUUGAAUGACACAUGGUUUGAGACCAGAGAUGGACUAACUCUUGUUUUGUGAAGAUGUUCUGCAAGCUUAAAUGGAAACAGCAGUCGCUGACUUGGUUUGGUUUAGGAUAUUGCAGAUAUUAUCUUUUUAGUCAUAGCCACACGAGGAAAUGACAACAUAGACCAACUUUAGCCAAAUAAAAGGAACAAUUUUGUGUUCAACAGACGAUAAGUUCUUCCACUGUUGUUAAACAGUCUGAGAUGAGUCCAGUUUGUAUAAAUACUGAGAAUAUCUUUAAAGAAAAAAGAAACUACUUGUUGGAUAUCCAACCCAUUAUUUGUGUGAAUGUGAAUUGUGAAUCAUUGUGUCUGUUUGUGUUAACGUCCGUCACAUUCACAGAAUGCUGUUUGUUUGACGUUUAAUGACUCUAUUAGUUUUGUGCGCCAUACUGUAUGUGUCUGUGUUUUUCUAUGAUUUAAUACAUGGUUAAUUUUCGCAUAGCGUACUUUCUAUUUUAAGUUCUCACUUGGUUUAUUUUUGAUGUCAUGGAACAAAAUGCUUAGAGACUAUUUUUGAGAAAUGAUGUAAUUGAAGCCGUCACAGUUCACACUAAAUACAAUGGCCUUUCUAUAUGUAUGAACUUUUGGGAGUUUUGCACUUUCCAACUGUUAGGAAAUGCAAAACACUCUGGAGUUAAGAAGCAGAAGUUGAUCGGUUUAGACGAUUAAUGCUGUUACUGACAUCACACUGCAUGUUACAUGAGAUUGGCAGCUUAACGGAUUAGUUCACACAAAAAUGUAAAUACUUUUUGUCAUUUACUCACACUUAGGUCAUUCCAAACCUGUAUGAAUUUCUUCUGUAGUACAUAAAUGAAGAUAUUUAAAAGUAUGUUGGAACCAAACAGCAUUGGUGCCCAUUGACUUCCAUUGUAUGGACACAAAACCACUGAGACAGGUUUGAACUAACAUGGGGGUGAAUUAAGGAGAAAUUUGGGUGAACUAUGCCUUUAUAUUGUUUUUUGAGGACGUUGGAUAACAAAAUUAAUUGUUUUGUUUUUGUUUUGCUUUUCAUGAGUCAUCAUGUACUAAUGUCUAUAUGUUUGUUGAUAUGUGUGUGUGUAGAUGCAUGUUUGUUUUGUGUGAGUGUCUGUGUGUAUGCAUGUUUGUUUAUGUAUGUGUGGUCUGUUUAGUUUUUUUUGUUCUGGAUAGAGUCCCAAAAGAAAAAUGCGUACAGACCUUCCAAAUGAAAUAUCUGUAUAAAUGAAAUAUCUUUGCAGCAUGUGAAUAAUCGACUUGAUGUAACAUCUUUCAGAAGAGCACAAUCCUUUUGUCAUAUUUUUUUCUGUUUGUUGUAUUACAUCUGUACUUAUUUUUCUUGUGCUAUCUUUAGCCACCUCAUGGAAAAUUGUACCGUUUUAUUUCCUGCUCAGGAUUUAUUUUUAACAUUCACUUUCCUUUAAAGGGAUAGUUUCCCACUGAAAAAAUGCUGUCAUAAUUCCCCCACCCCAGAUUGUUCCAAACCUGUCUAAAUGUAUUCAUUCUGCUGAACACAAAGGAAGAUAAUUGGAAGAAUGUCAGUAACCAAACAGAUCUCAUCCCGCAUGGACUCCCAAAGUAGGGAAAAUAAAUACUACGGAAGUCAAUGGGGGAUGAGAUCUGUUUGAAUACUGACCAAACAUCUUCCUUUGGGUUUAGCAGAACGCAUACAUUUUUACAGGUUUGGAAUAAUCUGACCGUGAGUACACGAUAACAGAAUUAAUUUUUUUUGGUGAACUAUCCCUUAAUGCAAGGAAAUACAUGUUCCCUGCCACUCACAUCCAUAUGUGCAAGUUAUGUUCGAUCCAAAGGAAAAUUGAUCCGAUUGUGUCGAUUUAUAUUCUGUUUGUACAGCACUUUCAUGCCGCAGUGAUGAACGGUUCCUCAUAGAUCAAUCGCACAGCAUCAAAGCACCUUUACAGAUGAGCUUUUAUAAAAACUUUUAUCAGCGGUUUUGCUUCUGUCGUCUGUCUGUCGUCUUCAGCUCAGAGGCCUGAGAAUUCAUCGGCUGUGUUUUAAGGCUUUGUACUGUUUGUUCUGCAUAUUGCCCAAAUUGUGGCCUCUCCAGAAAAGAUAAAAUGCCACGUGUACUGUAGCGUUAAGGACAGAUCUAGAUCUAGUUGAAAACACACACGUCCGUUUGAAGCCUGGUGUAAUAUAUCAUGUACACCAAUGAAAUCUCAGAUAAGUGAAAAAUAUUGAUACACCGGCCCUACUAGUGUUUUAGGGCUUUAAUGGCAUUCAAACUAAACGGUUACCAAAGAGGCCAAAUCUUGUACUUUACUGUAAUUUUGGGUGGUUGAGACCUGAUUAAUAAUAAUUAAGUCUGAUGAAUUUUGUGAGAACUUUGUUUCUUCUGGUGAGACAAAAAGAGGAAUUGUGUCGCUAUAAUGCUCAAAGCAAUAAGUCAACAGACUUGUGUUUUAUACACAGUGCUGUAUUGUACACGGUAUAUGCAGUUGAUCAGAUAUCAAAGCAUCAACUUGGACUUACAUCACUUAUUUGCAUGGAUGUUUGUUUUAGCUGAGAACUGCAAACUUCUGCAACGCUCAGCUCCUGUCAAGCUUAAGCAUAAGUUCUUUCUAGCCCUUCCUUCAACAAUGUCUGCUUGACUCAUCUAUAUAACUGUCAUGCCCUUUUUAAGAAUAUUAAUGUAUAUUAUGUAUCAGUGGUGAUGACACUGGCGAUAUUUACUGAACAUCCCACAAAGCGGGUGAUCAAUCAUCAUUUGUAUCCCAUUUGCACAUUGUGUAUAUAUGAAUGGAUGUAAUACAUAUUUUUAUACAUGUU